CAUUAAACCUGACCCGCCCAGCCCAAUUGACACUAUCUUCUACGUUCAUGGUUUCCUUCCUCCCACCAGCCACACCACAUAUACCCUUCUUCAACGUGUCACCCCCCGCCAUCCGAACUCGUGGAACAGACCUCCUCGUCCCAUCUGUACUCACACCCGCCCAUCACCCCCUCUUUAAAUCCCCUUCCCCCCACCUCUCAAACACACAAACACCUUCUCCGCAUUCAACCUCCUCCCAUGGCAGCCAUGCCCGAUCCAGCCGACAAGAAGCGCAAAUGCUGUCCCCUGCGUCGAUCGAGGAAAGGUUGCAUGAAAGGAAAGGGCGGACCCGAAAAUCCCUUCUGCACCUACCGCGGCGUCCGGCAAAGAACUUGGGGCAAAUGGGUCGCCGAGAUCCGCGAACCUAAUCGUGGCGCUCGGCUCUGGUUGGGAACCUUCGAUUCAUCCCUCGAAGCCGCGCGCGCCUAUGAUCUCGCCGCCCGAUCGCUUUACGGAGACUGCGCUCGCCUCAAUCUUCCGCAUGAAUUUCCCUCCGCCGCAGCGAAGCAGCAGCCGGGGAGAUCAUCGAGGUCGGCGGCGGGGGCUGGGUUGGAUGAUUUGGAUGAGUAUGUGAUGAGUUUACCGAAAGCGGAGGAUUUUGGUCUGGAUGCGUUUCGGGAGAUUCGGAUGGAGGUGGAUGGGGAUUUUAUGGAAACGGCUCAGUUGUCGUGGGGCUCUUGACGACGACGGGUCUGGGUGUGGUG